CAGGGGCAGACUGAAAACUCAUGGGGCCCCCGGGCAAUAGGGGACCAUGGGGCCCCUGUGUCCUUGCCCAAACUCAAAAAAGCCUAUGAAAAAGGUACCAGAGGCAUCUCAUGGGGUCCCCUACUGACCCCGGGCCCUCGGGCAGUGCCCAAGUUUCCAAAUGGUCAGUCCGCCCCUGCUCUGCUCUCAGCUGCAUAAGGUUCUCAGAGAGCUAGGGGUGGAGAAACAGCAGGACACUGCACACAUUACAAUGAGCUAGGCUAACUUACAGCAGAAGUACACCAAUCUUAUUUUAUUUUAUUUUGAAAAA